UAUUGGCAGUAGUCGUUUCAAUGAGAAUUUUGUUUUUUAAUUUUAAUUAAAUUAAUUCUAGAAUUAUUAUUGCGGUUAUCCGUUUCCAACAGCUUUACUCGCUUAUAAUUGUGCUACGCAAAGAAACUAUUUGUGUGGCUUGCGAUACUUUAUUCCAAAAACUGUAGAUGUAGUGGAAAAAAUUGUGUUAUUGGGGCUCAGCUGGCGCAAAGUGGCUUCGCUCUAUUUAACCAUCUAUGUGUGUUUUUGACAGCUUCGAGAGCAAACGUGUGUGUAAAGAAUAUCAAAGACAAUUCUCAAUAAACCGCAUACAUUGGGGCUCGUCGCUUGGCGCAUUCAGCAGCCAAAUUUGACUCUUCAGUACCUAACGAAGUUCGAACGUGUCGGUCGGGUUUAAUGUCACGGCAAUGGUAACGAAGUAAAAUUCUGCUGUUAGGCGGAAAUAUUGUGUGAGCUCUGGGAAAAACGCGACGAAGACGGAUACGAGAAACGCGAGACGUGAGCGCUGAGGCGGGCAACCAUAGUGACGCCGUAAAACCGAACGCAGUCACUUAACGAAUUGCUCCACUGUGACGUAAUGAUUAUUAUUUUUAGCGUUAGCCAAAACGAAAACUUUUCAGUGUUUUAAAAGCCGGUUUCCGUAUCGAAGUUUUCCAGUGUUUGUUCGCAACUCAAAGAGAAUAGUUAGUCAAUUUCUACUGACAGCGCUCGUGCUCCGGAAUUCUCAACUCAGAUAGCAGAGCGCGUAAAAAAUAUUACAAUUUUGUGAAGUGUGCCAAAACGGCAAACAUUAAUUAUCGUUAUUAUUGUACUUAGCAACGCCAAGAGCCACAACAAAGUAAAAUAUUUGUUAAUUUUAUGAAUGAAUUGUCAAUUGUGAAAAAAGUGCGAAAAGGUGCAAAUUAUCGUGAUAUUCAGUUGAUAAAUUGCAAGAAUAAUAAUUAACAAGCGCCUAUUCAAAAUAAUUCAGUUUAAAGAGAAAGCAGAGAAAAUAAAGCAGACAACAAUUUCAUAUACCAGGAGAGAAAAUAAACCAAAAUCGAUAUGUCUUCAACUAAAUUCAUUGCUAUUCUGCCGCAGCCUACACAGCCGGGUGAUAAAGUUCAAAUCAGUGGAAAAAUAUCUGACGACGCAAAAGAGUUUUCCAUAAAUUUCGCAAAUGAAGUCAAUGAGAAUCCACAAUCCAUCGCUUACCAAUUCAAAUGGGAUCUGGCUAACAAUGUACUAAACGAGGCCUGCAAGGAAAAUGACGAAUGGAUGAAGGACAAAGAAACGCAAUUCGACACCUUAGAUGGUCGGUUUAAAACUCACUUAACUCAUGCUAAUAAAGCAAAUACUAAUGAUAUCUUAAGCAAGGGCUUUCUCAACACUAACUCUGUUAUGAACACUACUGACGCAUUUGUAAAUUCCAAUUCGUAUUCUCUUUUAGGGCCGGAAUUUGCCCUAGAAUUCGCAUUCCAAGACGAUGGCAUCUAUGUGUACUUGGUGUGCGAAGACGGCCGAAAUUAUAUCACACAAUUUCAACCCGAAAGCGAUUUUCAAUACAUUGAAUCGAUACAGGUGUGGGGCGAUGUGGAAAAAAUUACACAUCUAUCAUUCUCUUAUAAUUAAACGCAUUAACAAGGGAUUCAAAAAAAGCACAAAAGUUCGCAUCAAAAUGUUGCCAUAUCCAAAGAAUUGUUGCUUGACAAAAAAGCACUUGCAAUGGGACAAUCGAUCGGCUACCGGUUCGGAAAAAGUUAGUAAGAGUAGUUUUCAAUUGGUUUGCAUGAUUUCAAAAUUUGUUUAUGCUUGAACUUAUGCACACCAACAAGUAUUACUUUAAAAUGAUUUAUGCUUUAAAUUUGUUUUUCUAAUAUUUCACACAUUUAACUUAUUUAUUUGCGACUUUCCAUUGGUAGCUAAAUAAUUUUGUAUGUAGUUUAGUAAUUUUAAUUUUGAUAAAACAAAAUCACAUAGUGAUAAUGAACCGAAAAGUAUUAAACAAUGGUACUUAUUUACCUUAAUCUUAGGCGCAGCUCACAAGUUGUACGGCACCAAUACCCGGCACAGCAAAAUCUUCCGUCGCAAGUCGAAUAAAUACGCCGCCCACCCACCUGCCCUUACCUUGUUAAAUCGAAUUGAAAUUUGUUUGUGUUUCUAAGCAUGCGUUAUUUGCAUAAAACGCACACACACACAUACAUACGUGUACUUGUAUGUAUCGUUUGUGUACUCAAGCACCGGCCACUCACACGUUUAAUUUCCUGCCAUAAUGACGCUGUUCUCGGGUGCACUGAAAGCCCAGCGCUGCAUGCUACACAUAAAUGCAUACAUACAAAUGCAUGCCUGCCACUCGAGAGAGAAUAAAUUAACUUUUGCAUGCCCGCCCGCCUUAAGCCUCGCUACAAUCUAAGCUACUGUUUAAGUUGUUUUCAAGUUAGCGCUAAGCAUAAGCAAAAAGUAUUUAAUUUUUUAUUUUUUGCGCUUCACUGAACUAACUAUUUCAUUAUUGAAUAACGUUUAAUGUACCAAAGAUCAAGUGUAAGUAAGUAAAAAAAAAUUAUAACUAAAAUAAUAAGAAAUAAAAUACAAUAAAUCAGUCGCUACUUUGUUAGACCACCUACGAUACCUUGUAAACGUUAAAAUUUGUGCUACAAUUAGAAAAACAAUAAAAAUAAAUAAUUAACAUUUUUAAAUAAAUGUCUUAACCGUUAUAAAACUAAGCUUAUAGAUAUAACAAUUACAGCUCAAAAUUUUAUUGUGUAUACCCAGGUAAUAUAAAAAUGUAUAUUAUUUAAAAUUUUACACAAUUGCCUUUGAUAACAAGAAGAAAAAUGUCAAAAAAUAUAUAAAAAAAUAUGGGAAUGUAUUUUUGAUAUAAAUAGUUUUUAAUUAAGAGUCCAUUAUUGUUCGGUCUAUUACUAGCUAAGUUCGAGUAUCACUCCAGUAAUAAUAACACCGGUCGACCCGAUUUUUUGGUCUGGUUUCUGAAUCUCAAAUUUUGGUUUCUUUUACGUCUUUAAUUUUAUAAUAGUUACAGCAAUAUUGUGACUCUGUUACUCUUUUGAUGGCCUAUUGCUAAUAGUCAGCUGAUUAGCUGCCGCAAUCAAGGUGCAUUCAUCAAAGAUGGUAGCACUAGACCAACAACAAUGUUUUGUACGUUUGAUUGUCAAAGAAAAUUAUUGGCAAAGUAGAAAACAAUGAAUGAAUUCGCCUUGUUUCUAUGUAUCUGGGCUGACAGCCACAUGGACACGGCAAAAGAAAAAAACCAAUCAGCUGAUUUACCGAUACCAUCUUUAAUAGAUUCGCCUUGGCCGCAAUAUUGCAGAAGUUAUUUCGCUUGUUAUAUUGUUUCAAAAUAUGUCAUUAUUGGCAACUCGUUUUAUUUAAAAUUAAUUUUGCGGGGAAAGCAAUAAAUAAAAAAUAUUGAAUUUCAAAGUAGUAUUUAUUAAAUAAAAACCUAUAUUAAAUUUAAAAAAUUUAGAUAUUUUUCAAUAAAAAGCAUUAUUAUAGCAAAGAAAUAUAUUAAAAUUAUUUGUUAUUGUAAAUUUUGCAAGUCAAAGAUAUUAUUUUAUUUUAUUUUUCUACAAUAUAUUCUAAUGUUUUGAAUGUUACCAUAAAAAUUCUAAUUUGGCAUAGCAGCCCCUCCCAUACGCUCAAGGAAAAAGGCAAAGCACUCACACCCACCCCACACAAGUAUCCCACACUUGCUUGCCUGUCAAACCCACACCUAGGGUGCCUCUAAAAAAAAGUAAGAAGACGAAAAGUGUGGUUUACUUGUAUUUCUGUACAAUGGCUGGUAGUGACCAUCGGAUUGGCAACAUUUUACUGGCAGCCCGCGUGACGUUGGCAAUGUUGCAGAAAUUUUGUGAUGCGUUCUCAUAAAAAGUAGCACUGUCGCAAUUAUUAUAGCUCGAGCACACUCUUUAAUUAAAAAAAUAUUAAUAAAAGCUCGAAAAUAUAAAAUAAUAAAAAAUCCAUUUUCAAAAGUGAAUAUUGAAAAUAUGAUUUUCUUAUGUUUAUAGGGCUUCUCUCGUAUUAAAUCCCUUAUGGACGUAAAAUAGACAAAAGCUAAACCUGGAAAAUUUAGUGUUUUCAAAACCAGAGUUUAUGAAUUAAAACGGCAAGUCAGAAAAAAAGCUUUUUGUUGAAUGAAUUAAAAUGUUUAUGAAUUAAAACAGCAAGUCAGAAAAAAAGCUUUUUGUCGACCUGUGUAAUCGAACAAAAAUUUCUCGGAGUAUUACCAUCAAUUUUAUUUAAAGAGACUAAUUUAGUAUUCUCAAUACUAUACGAAAGGAAAAUGUGCAGACACUGACAAGUUUCAUGAACAGCUGGCACGAUUAAAAUUGUGAAAUGUACUAUAAAAUACCAGAAAGAUAAACGCAAACGUAUUUACAAGAAAGUAAUAAAAUUCAAUCAAUAGCAAACAAUCAGCUUGCCUUGCAUGAAUGUCACUUUGCACUACCAUUUCCUCUCGCCGGUAAUCAAAUUUUGGGGUACUCGAACGCUAAUUUCUAAGAGUUUCUGAUAAUCAUUAAAAAAUCAUAAGUUAAUCUAACAGUCAUAUUCUUUAUAUAUUGCCUUUUAUGUGUACUUGUAAUCGCUGUAUAAGCUUAAAUUUAAUAAUUCUACUUGAAAAAAAAAAUUAAUUAUGCGAAAAUCUAAAUUUCGAUUACAAAAUGUAAGUUAAGUCCUAUAUAUUAAUUUUUUAUACCUGCUCACAAAUGUUUGGGGUCAAAUAAUCCAGAUGACGAAAGUGCGCAUUAAUAUUAAAACGCAUUUAAUUCAAUAAUUUUGUUAAUAACUUUUCAUAAAAUAUUUAUUUACUUCAUAACUCAUUUAUUGUACUAUUUAUAGUAGUCUCAAAAUAAUUUUUUGUGUAUCAAAAUUAUUCCCUGGCCUCUUUUUUAUACAUAUGUAUGUAUUAUGUUAUAACUAUUUUACGAAAAAAAAAUUGUGAAGAAAAAAAUUGAGCUAAAAAUAAAUUUUA